CAAUCUCCCGCGUUCAAGUUAAGCGGAAGUGGAAAGCCUCUUUUCUCUAUUUAAGCGGUCCAACAAAGACAGUAAAGGAAACUACACCUGCUCUUCGUUCGUCGGACACCAGGAACCCGUGGCUUGUUGCUCUCCGUUGUUCCUACUAUCGUGAUAAAAACAAAAUGCCAGAGGAAACGUCAAGCUGUGGGAGUGUGGAGGAGAAGCCGUGCUCCUCUUCCUCCUCAGCAGCAGCCGCCGCCGCAGACAGCUCUGUUGACUUCGUGGAGGAGGCGAAUAAGCUGAUCGGCACCGGGAACCGGCACCUGGUGAUGGGCGACGUGGUGUCUGCUGUCCGUGUCUUUCAGGAUGCCUGCAGCAUGCUGGCUGCAAGAUACGGAGACACCGCAGAAGAGUGUGCGGAGGCCUUCUUCCUGUGUGGGAAGUCUCUUCUGGAGCUGGCCAGGAUGGAGAACAGUGUCCUUGGUAAUGCCCUGGAGGGAGUCCCAGAAGAGUCGGAGGAAGAGGAGCAGCCUCACAGUUCAAAGAUUGAGAGUGCCAACAAUCUUGAUGAAAAAACUAGAGAUGACCUACGGAAGCAGGUGUAUGAUGCAAUGGCUGAGGGGGAGAAAACUGAGGCAGUUGACAGCAAGCUGGAGUCUGAUGUAAAGGGAAACACUGAGGUUGACCAGGAAAAUGGCGCGGCAAAGUUCCCUGGCAAACACGAUCUGAAUGGAUCGGAGGCAUCCACAGAUUCCCCUGUGAGCGUCAAAGAAAAUGGUGUUGAGAAGAGCCCGUGUGCUCCUGUGGCGAGUCUGGGCGAAAGUCUUACUACGUCUCCUGUAAAAGAAGCUGUGAUGGAGAAGGUAAAGGCGCAAAAUGAGGAGAAAGCGGGAGGAAAAGAUGAGGAAUCCGAGCCAGAGGCUGAACAGGACACUGAUGAACCAGAGGAUGACGACGACGACGACGAUGACGACGAUGAUGAUGAUGAUGGAGAGAAAAGUGGACAGGAUAAGGAGGAAGAUGAAGUUGGGAAUUUGCAGUUGGCGUGGGAGAUGUUGGAGGUGGCUAAAGUAAUCUACAAAAGAAAGGAAGGCAAAGACGACCAGCUGAUGGCGGCCCAGGCAUAUCUGAAACUCGGAGAAGUCAGUGCUGAAUCCGGGAACUAUUCCCAAGCGCUAGAAGACUUCCAGGAGUGUCUCGCCCUGCAGCUCAAGCACUUGGCUCCCCACAGUCGUCUGCUGGCUGAGACUCACUACCAUGUCGCCACUACAUUGUGCUACAUGGACCAGUACAGCCAGGCCAUCCAGCACUACAACAGCUCCAUCAAGGUCAUCGAGACCCGUCUGGCCAUGUUGCAGGAGGCGAUUGGGGCUGCAGAAGAGAAGAAUGAGAUGGAGGAGCUGAAGCAGCUUCUGCCCGAUAUCAGAGAAAAGGUCGAGGAUGCCAAGGAAAGUCAGAGAACCGCCAGAGCUGCCUCCCAGGCCAUCCAGCAGACGCUAGGCGGAGCUUCAACCUCAUCAGCCUUCCACUGUGAAAAUGGCGGCCCUUCAGCGUGUUCCUCAGCCAGCCUGGUCACAGUUAAAACAUGUGAUAGCACCUCGCCUGCCAAAGCUGUCUCCAACAUCUCCCACCUCGUUAGAAAAAAGAGGAAACCAGAGGAGGAGAGCCCAGUAAAGGACACUGGUGCUAAACAAUCGAAACAAGAAGCCACAGUUAAUGGCGCUGACUCUAGUGCCAGCAAUGGAGUCCAGGAGGGAAAAUCACAGGAGCCUGCCGCCCAGUUGACCCCUGAUGGGUCUUCAGCGUGACCAUCAUCCUCUUUCCAGAUCUUCAAAACCAGCACAGCAUGCCUAUCCAGCCCCUUCAACACUUUUGAUUUUGUAAAUAAGAUCAUUUUCAUAGAGUUUUGUCUGUCCAGUUUUUGUAUACUUGUAGUAAAAUAAUAAAAAAUAUUGCAAAUCUAA